AAAAGUCGUUUAAGGCACAAUUUGUUGUCCACCCGAAAACCAAUUAGGCAAAAGACCGAAACUGAUCUCUCAUACAGUAACAGUCGUCGCCGUCGUCGCGCCAAAGCAGUGACAUCAGCAAUGGCCGGAAGAGAGCCUCGGCAUCUCCACCGCCUCCCUCAAAUCGUCAACACGACGGCCCUCGAGGACCGCGUCGAUCUCCAGCAGCGCGAGAUCCAGUCCCUCCUCAUAGACAACCAACGCCUCGCGGCCACACACGUGGCGCUCAAGCAGGACCUGACUUCGGCGCAGAGCGACCUCCGCAACCUGAAGGCGGUGGCCGGCCAAAUCAAAUCCGAGAGGAACGCGGAAGUGCGGGAGGUAUACGACAGGUCGUUGAAGCUGGACGACGAGCUCCGCGGCCUUGACGCCAUGAAGGCCGAGCUGAGUGUGGUCCUGAACGACAUCGAGGACUUGAGCGCUUCAAGGAUGGAGCUCGCGACCGAGUUGAAGACGAUCCAAGGAGAGAUUGAGAGGACUAGGUCCGACGAGUCGAAGCAAUUCGAAGCCAGACUGGACGAAAUUAAGACAUUGAAGGUGGAGAUUGAGAAAGGAAGGGCUGCGAUUGAGAUUGAGAAGAAAACAAGAGCCAGUAACCUUGUGCAUCGUCAAGCUAUGGAGGACUAUAUGGCUGCGUUGGCUCUCGAAAUCAAAAAGCUUCAUGGGGAGUUGGCAAAUGCGGAGAAGAGAGCAAGGGCUGCAGUAGCAGCAGCAAAUCCAGUUGCAGGUUCCGGGUACCCUAUGGCUUAUGGCAAUGCUGAAAUGCUCUACGGAGGAAAUGCAUACCCUGACCCUUAUAUUGUGCAUCAGGUAUGUGUAUGACCUUGGCUUAUUGAUGUUUUCCAUCUACUUCUUCUCAUAUCUGUUACGAGUCAUUAUGGUUGAAAUCAUAACCAGAAUGCAAUUGAUAUCUGUUUAUGUGGGUAUUAGUUUAAAGAGCAUAUGAUAACAUGGAGGCGAGUGCGAAAGCUAUUCUUGUUUCGCUGGAUAGAUAGCAAGUCACAAAAUUACGUUUCCAAUUUGAUUAAUCAAAUGUCUGGAAACGCAACCGUCUAGUCGGAUAUGAUUACUGGGUCCUCAUUUGGUAUCUUAAGAUCGCCAUAGACUACCAUAGAUAGACUACCAUAGAUGAACCGCUUUCAGAUGAAUAUAAAUAAACGUAUAUAUUCAUCUAAAGAUAGAAACUGAGAUUGAAGCUGUUAAAUCUUGAAGUUGAGAGGAUAACAAAAAAACAUUGGUUCUCUUUCUUAGGAACACUGCCCAAAUUACUACAAGGUGCUAAGCUAUUUGGAAAAAUCUUAAGGUGUCUAUCCUGCUGUGUAUUCAACUAUUAUUGAAGUAUCAUUCCAUCUUCUGUUCCUCAAACUUGAAGCAACAUAUUCAUCUGUACUUCAGGGUCAGGGUAGUGCUGAUGGCACCCCUCAGUAUGGUUCUGUGCAAAAGCCACACUAUGACAGUCAACAAACACGUGUACAGAGAUAAUAGUUCUCUAAGGCACUCGGAAGUCGGAAGACCGGAAUCUAGACAUCCAGACCAGAGUCCUGUUUGUACAUCUUCAAAAUGUAAUUUCUCAACAUUUGCAGAAAGUUUUGGCUGAGAAUACAAGAGUCAAGUUCUUGCCCCGCAGUUUGGUUCCCUGUUUGGGUUUAAUAUAUGUUUGUCAUACUACUUUUCCUGCCUUCUGAUUGAAGUGAGUCAGGUGACUAACCAAACACAAGAUCAUCGGCCAAUGUGGGAGGAUAGAUUUGCGGACCUUUGUUCAUGGCAUGCCAAACUCGUGUAUUUUCAGUUUAGUGUAGCAGACUGAUGUAAAUAGCAUCCAUAGUUCUAGAUCGCCAAUUGAAAAGUCGGUAUGAUUUUUCCUACUGUGUGGUCUAGUGACAUAAAUAUCUCCUUAGUGAAAAUGUCGUAAGUUCAACUUGUAUAUCAAUUGCUUAUUUGACCAAAAGAAAAAAUCGCUACAAUUUUAAUGAUUCAA